GCAUAAUAUUAAGAAUAUCUAAAAGAGAAAUGACUGAAAACUGCAAUUUUAAAGAUAAUUACUAAAAUAUAAAUAUUCAUCUUUACUAAAAUGCAGCUUAUAGAGAAUAAGCGCAAGCAUCCCCACUAAAUUCUAGAGUACUUUACCAAAAUACCGAAAGUCUCUGCUAUCUUACUGAGUCAAUUUUAUACUAAAUGGAUACUAGUAUACAGGGUAAAUGUUAGCGAGAAUAUAGAGAAAUUGCCUUAAAAUCAAAGAACUCAUCUGAUUUAUCAGAUUCGUACGCUGACAUAGAAGAAGAUGAUACUAAAGAAACAAUUAACUCUAUAAAUAGCUUAAAUAUAAAAAACUUUUCAUGCAACUCAGGAAUAUAUGACUUGGAAAAUAGGUUCAAUAAAAUCUCUAAUUACUCAACAAACCAUUCUUAAAUUUUUAAAUCUGAAGUAUUGGAUUAAGAUUAAAAACAAAGUGGCUUUUUAUUUUAAAUCCCUAAAAAUCAAUCACAAAGCUUUAUUGAUGAUUAUUAAGAAGAAAGUGAAGAUUAAGGUGAAAAUUAAAACAAAAAAAGUUUAAAUAAUUCGAUUUGCUAAAAAAGUGAGAACAGUAUGAAUAGUAGUAUGAAGAGCUCUAUAUAUAAAAGGGUUACCUUCGAAGACCUUUCUUAAAAAAAUUACCACCAUUAGUUUUCUUAAAAUAAUUUAAAAAGAACCAGUAAAUCAAUAUUGAAAAGAUCUCAAACAUUUGAUAAGAACUAAAAUUUAUAAAGGGAUGUUAAAGACACAUCUUAUUAAUCAGACAUGGACUUUGUUAACAUAAUCUAAGAAAAAUUCAUUUAAUAAAUACUUGAAAAAGAAACAUGUAAUUCGAAUGAUCUAAAAUAACAUUUUUUUAGUGAGUUAGCAACUAAAAUAUCUAGCUCUGGAGAGAAAAAAAAAAGGAUAAUCUUCCUUACAUAUAACUCAUUUUUUGUACUCUAAGACCUUCAUAGCUAUAAAUACAUUUAGAGAUUUAAUAUCUCAGAUAUCAAUAAAAUAACUAUUCAUUCAGAUUAUUAAAAUGUGUGCUCCAUUUUAUUAAGAAAUAGUUUUAAAUUAAACUUAUAAAUAAAUCAUUUUAAUGAAUUUAUAUAAUUUAUUAAAAAUGUUUUUAAUUCUAUCUUAAAAACUUUUCUCCCUAUAAUCUAAAAGUAGAAGUAAAAAAUGAAUGAAGACCCCAAAAUAAAUGAUAAUAAUUAUACGCAAUUAAUAAUGUAAUCUUUUUUAAGUAGCUAAAAAGAAUAGUUCUACGUUAAAAUUCAGAUAAUGUCAAAUAAUAUUCCUCAAAGCAAUUCUAAAAUUUUAGGGAUAUUAUAAUUCUUUUAAAAUGAAAUUUACAUUACUGCUAUGGAGAAAAGUUCAGAGCUAAAGAGAUUUACUUAAGUAAUUUUAUUAGAUGAAGAUCUCCAACAAAAGUCCUUUAAUUUUUAAUCUCUAAAAAAGAACCUAAUCUUCAAUAUAAAAUUGUUAAUAGACUCAGAUUUUCCUCUUCUUAUAUAGAAAAUUUAAGAUAUAAAUAAGUAUUAAAUUAAAUGACUAAUUCUAUUUAAUUAAUACAUAUUAUAUUUAUACAUAAUUAAUUUUAUAUAAAUAUUUUAAUAUUUAAAUGUUUAAGAGCAUAU